AUGGUUUGGGUCAUGAUCAGUAGGAGAUCAAGAUUGAGAACAAGUAUGAGAAAGAAGAUUGUUAUUAUCUGUAGUUUGUUUCUACUUGUAUUGAUAAGGUUACAGUACUUGGAAACUUCAGCUUCAUCAUAUAGAGUUGAAGCUACUAGUAGAAUGUUAUUGUUUACAAAUAAUGAUAACUCUUCUAGAUCAGGAAGCAGCCAAGAAGAUCAAGAUCAUCAUUUUAAUACAAUUGAUGAUAAAUCCAGGAAUGAGUUUCAUUUUAAUGGAAGCAACGACAAUACUACCGAUGAAAAUGGUGGUAGUUUAUUUGAUGCUGAUAAGAGAAGAAUCCAUACUGGUCCAAAUCCACUACAUAACAAAAGAUAA